AUGGAGAGAGGGUUCAAAAAGAAAUGGGUAAUCCUUAAUCCGGCUCAACUCGAAAGGAAAGUAAUCGACCCGAUCGCCCCAUACAUGACUCCCCUCUCCACAUUCCUGGACAAACAUAUUCGUAUUCCCUACUUACAAGUCUUCAAACUACUCUACUCAACUCAACAUUACAACGCUGAUCCUGAGGCUGUCACUAAUCGAAUUAACCCGGACAUGAUUCCCUCCAAUUUGUGGCCACAAAACAUCCUUCGAAGAAACUUGUCAGCCUUGUAA